AUGGUCCCAGUGUCACGAAAGAGAUCCACUCCCAAUUCCAGCGACGACGACGAUAUGGACGAACCGCACCGCAAACGGCAACGCAUAUCGCCCGUCCUGCCACAAACUCCUCCGCCCGAACACGAGCUCCUUCAUACGGAUAAAAUGGAAUCUUCACUUUUCGAUAGCGAUGUGCGGACGCUAUUGCGCAAAUCCAUCUGCCAAACUCUGUCACAUAUAGGAUAUGAUAAGGCGACGGAGGAAGCGCUGGAAGCGAUGUGCUUGGAGGUCGAUACAUAUACCACCCAUUUACUCGCGCAAGUGCGAACUUCGAUGCUGAACGCCAGACGAACUGCACCGAUACCCCACGAUAUAACCUAUGCAUUCAAUCGCUAUCAGCUUCCGCUCGCCUCUCUCGAACCCCAUCUACGACCGCCGAUUGUCGCCCCGAGAUUAAAGCUCGAAAUGGAACCGGCGGCGAAGGAAGACCAUACGGCCAAGAACAUUGUCCGGAUCCUGGGCGUGGAACUUAAUGGUGAAGUGGAACAAGCGCAGAAAUCCUAUAUCCCCAAAGGAUUUCCCGCGUUUCCAAGCAAACAUACGUUUAAAUGGACGCCCAAAGAAAGCGAACGCGUAACCGACCCGCGGAAAAUUCGCGAAGAGGCGGCCAAGAGCGCGAGGAUGGGCGAGGAGGCUCUAAGACGUCUGGUGAAGGUGGGAAAGGUGGGCAAGGAUCGGGAUAUGAAGAGGAUGGCUGGAAGAGAUCCGACGAGUAAAGAAAGACAUGAGUUAUGGGAGCGCACCAUGUUGAGUUUGGCCGGUGAUAAGGGUCAUGCACACGCGAAUGCAAAUGCAAAUGUUGGAAAUGGGAGUGUGAGUGGGAGUGGAAAGAUGGGUGAGCUAGCAUUAGAUGAGCGAAGUAUGGUAGUCAAUGCAGAAAAGCAGUAUUUUCGAAAGGGAGCACCGAGAAAGAGGAAGACGUUACAUCCCUCGCCGACGGAGGAAGUUUUGGUACCAUUGGAGCCGUAG